AUGACCGGUGGGAGUAGACAAGAAAGUACCAAGUGUUGGGAUCAGCAUUACAACUUUGGGGGCACUAUGAAACCCAAGCUGCUGUGGCGUAGGUUUCAGAUAGUUCUUAUUGUUCUCUCCAUCUCCUUUCAAAGAAACACAGAUGCAGCAAUUUCUCAUAUUGAGCCUCAUAUUGGUAGCACAAAUGGAGCAACUAGGUUGACCAUCAGAGGCACAGGAUUUGCGGGAGAAAAUCAGUUUAAUUACGGAUCUGGAAACGAAAAGUUAGGAAACAGUGUGAGCCUGGUGUCUGACGUGAGAUCCAUCCCCUGUGAUGUGGAGAAGGACUCCAGCGAUGAAACACAAAUCAUUUGCAUCACCAGACCUCUACCAGAUGACAGAUAUUAUGUUGCUGUGAGUGUAGAUGGAGUUCCAAUCACUGACAGUGGCUACAGAUGGUCCUUUAGGUCCAGAUUGGACAAAACACCUACCAUCGAUGGAAUUUUUCCGAUAUCUGGAUUACCAGGUACACUCAUUACUAUGCACGGACAAGUAUUCACUGAUGUCUUUGGCAGUCAUUCAGUACAGAGUUCUAAGAAAACUAGGCUUCUGAGAGUCUAUUUUGGAGGAAUGCCUUGUGAACUCCUUCAUCCUGAUUCCGAUACUUUGUAUGGCUUGGAGCUUGAAAGUGAGCAUAGUUCGAUGGGUACAAUAACUUGCAAAAUAACUGGGACAUAUGUUGGUGAUCACAAUGUGAGCUUCAUUGUGGAGCGCUAUGGAAGAUCUUUGCCUGAAACCUACACCCACUUUGUUUCUUCCCUGAAUAAAAUCAGUAUGUUCCAAACAUUUGCAGAGAUCAGAGGGAUCUACCCAUCUGCAGGGAGUGUGGAAGGAGGAACCCGACUGACAGUAACCGGCCAAUUCUUUGAUGAAACAGAUUCCUCAGCUAGAGUUAUGAUAAAAGGGCAAAACUGUGAUAUUAUAAGUCUCAGCAACAAUCAAAUAAUCUGCAAAACACCUAAAGAAGAUAAUACUGAGAGAACAAUCUUUCCAGGUGGAAGGGGUUUGAAAUUGGAAAUUUGGACGAAUAGUAACCCAGAAUCGCUAAGUGAGAUACUAAACUACAAUAACAGUACUCCAGGAUAUUCUGUGAAUUGGGUUGAUACCCUUUCGUAUGAGCGGUCAAAGGACUCUGAUCCAUUUGUUGCCCGAUUCAGUGGCUUUUUUGUGCCCCCAGUGACUGACAAUUACCGUUUUUACAUCAAGGGUCGAGGUAGUUAUGCACUGCAUUUCAGCUCCACUGGACACCCUCAAGACAAGGUUCAAAUUAACUUUGGAAAAUGGAUUAUCUACGCUUCUAAAUCUUACCACCUAUUUCGCUGGCCAAAAGCAAGUGUUGUUCAUCUUCAGAAAGGGAAAGAGUACUACAUUGAAGUACUGGUGAAGGAACGUGCUGAUUUUCACUCUGUCACCAUCAGUGCAUACAGAGAGAGCAGUACUUACCUGGAGCAGCAGACAUCUGAUGCAGUUAGUGAACAGCAAUUAAUUGAUACAACAUCUACUGUUAAGCUUGAAAAACAGGUUCUGACCUUGAAGAACUGGAAAAUAGGAUAUGCAGUCCAUGAGAUUCAAAAUGUCACAGUAAACAGUCCCUGCCAGGAGUCAAACACCUGCUUUGAUCACUGGUACAGACUCUCUUACAACAAGGCAAAAACAGGUCUUCUUCCUGCAGAUGCUUCAGCCUAUCAGGUUCAAACUGCAUUAAAUAAUCUCUUGCCAAUUAAACCAGACCACAUCGAAGUGACAGAAAGACCGAACAGCAAAGGAUUUAGCUACUCCGUGAUCUUUGUCUCCAAUAGAGGGGAUUUUGAGCUCCUCGAGUACGAGGUUUUGGGAGGAACCAAUGUUACGAUUGAAGUGGUGGAACAGAUAAAGGGAGAGCCGAGCCUCGAGACCUUCACACUGAUCUUGGACGGAAUCAGCUCCAGACCCCUCUCAGCAAAUGCAACUGCUACUGAGGUCAAAGCUGCUAUUGAAGAAUUAGUAGGUGUGAAAUGUCCAGAACGGAUGAUUCAGUACACAGAAGGAUAUGCAGUAAAAUAUUUCCAGGAUUUUGAAAGUGGGUCAUCUACACUUUGUUUUGCAUACAAAGGCUUUUUGCUGAAUCAACUUCGUCUUCAUUUGAGUUAUCAACAACAAACUUUGCAGUAUAACACCCAAAUCACCUUCAGCUACCCUUUUUCUCAAGGGGAAAAGUGGUCUCACACUUGCAUCAAUCUGCUUGAUCUUGUGGAAUCCAAAUAUCCUACUGGAAGCAAUUUUCUACUGCACAGAAUUGCACUGGACAAGGCAACAUGGCACCAGGAUUUCUUUGUGGACGUAGUGUACCUUGGACAGCAAGCUACAACUCAAAGCCAACUUGAUAUAGAAAUGAGGAAUCCCCCAGCAUUAUUAGACAAAGGACUUAUUUUCAAAGACUUCAAGGUUACUCAGAGAAGAAAUAAAAAUGCAGAUGUGAAUAAUGAGUAUGAAGUAACAAUGAUUCCCAUCAACUGUGGUCAUAGUAUUCCAUUACUGCAAGUCGGUUUUGCGCAGGUUUUGGCUAACAAUACAGAGGAUGAAGCGGCAUACAAAGGAACCACAUGGCCUGAAGGAGCUGUGCUCAUAGUCCGCAGGAUUGACGCAGCCUCUAGGCCAGUUGGAGGCACAUUCGAUAUUGAAAUCUUUGGAAAAUCGCUGAGAGAUCUGCCAGUCAAUUCCACAGCUUUGGAAAUGCAAUACGCUUUACAGACCAUUGCUGAAAUAGGAACUGUGUCAGUGUCCAGAAAUGGGGGCUGUACUGGGUACCGCUGGUGGGUGAAAUGGCUGACCAAAAGUGGCAAGCAGCCUACAUUGCAGGUUAAUAAUUCAAAGGUGACUGGAACAAAUGCUAAGAUAAUAGUCCAAGUGACAAAGGAAGGAGGUUUGUUCAAUCAGCGCCUUACAGGAGACAUGCUUCGUACACCAAACACCAAGCCCCAGGUGGAAGUUUUCAUUAACGGCAUCCCCAGUAAAUGCUCUGAUAACUGUGGGUAUACAUGGAGUUCUGGAAAAACCCCAGUCAUUUCACACAUUAGUCCGACAGUGGAUUCAUGUGCCAAUGGAACCAUGUUGUCUAUAUCAGGCUCAAACUUUGCUAAUUGUUCUGCGACUGAUGACACCUGGGUUUCUGUUGGAGAUGCCAGAUGUCAAAUCACUGGCUUAACUGACAAUGAAAUUACCUGUAGGAUUGGAAAUGCCAGUCUAAUCUCAUCCCCUGUGACUGUUUACAUCGCCGAGCUUGGUAUCGCAAAACACGCUGGAAACCAAACAUUUGUUUUCACUUAUCAGGCAGAAGUUAAAAGCAUAUCUCCAUCCUCAGGCAGCAGUGCAGGAGGAACCAUUCUGACAGUAUCUGGUUGCAGUUUUACCCAAAAUUCCACAGUUUGGAUUGGAGAGGAAUUAUGUGGUCAUCUCAUGGCAAGUCACAAUGAGAUAAAGUGCAGAACUCCAUCGGCACCUGCUGGAGUGUACAAUAUCUGUGUGAUUAACAAUGGAAUAUCCAGCUCGUCCACCUUUCCAUUUACAUACACCGAUUCUAAGACUCCAGUAAUCACGCAAAUAACACCGGUAACAUCAAAUGUAUCAGGCGGCUCCAACCUGACAUGCUUUGGGUCAGAUUUUGGCAACAGGUCGGAGGACAGCUCUGUCCUUGUUGGGAAGGUGAAGUGUCCGAUUUUGGAAUGGACAUCCAGCUUAAUUACCUGCCGCCUACCCAAACAGUCUCCUGGUCUUUAUUAUGUUCAAGUAGGAGUCACUGGAGCCUUCGCGAAUGUUAGUAGCUCUAUAAAUGCCUCAGUUGAGUACCGGCUGUGUGUGACAAGUGUUACUCCUCAGCAUGGUUCACUGUACGGGGGGACGAAGGUCACCGUAUCUGGAAUUGGUUUUAGUCCUGUUCUGGAGGAAAACCUUAUCCUGUUUGGUUCUGUGCCAUGCAACAUAACGUCUACAUCAGUGAGCAAGUUGGAGUGUGUUGUGCUGCCAACCAGAAGAAGACACCUUAUUACCAGCAAUGGCACUGAUCCAUACCAUGGACAGGGAUACAGCUGGAAUCCUUCCUCCCUGGACAUCUUUGUAGGAGACAUGGUGCAAUGGCAGUGGGAGGCACCAGGACUCGUCAAAGGACUGCGAUACAGAGUCUACCGUGUUGCCAGGCCCAGUGAUGUGAACUAUGAUGGGGAUGGUUUUAUCAGUGGAACCAGCAGCAGUGUAUCAGGAUCCUUCUCCUACCAUUUCACCUCCCCUGGAUCCUUUUACUACAGCAGUGGUUUUGUGAAUCCUGCACAGUCCAUCUACCUGCAGGGCGUGGUGAAUGUGAGACCAGCUCAGGAGAGAGUCACCAAGUUGUACCUUUAUGUAGCAGGAAUUGAGGCAGAGUAUGAAACAGGGCAAAUGGAAGAGCUACUCUCCCCAAAUCCACUUGAUGACAACUCCACUGGCUCAAACAUGGAGUUCAACCAAACAUCUGUUGGAGCUACAGAUGUGGAUGGCUUUCCAUUUGUCUUUUCCUCUCACUGGUCCCCAACCAUCAACAGCAUCAAACCAACUAAGGGAACAUUUUAUGACAUACUAACCAUUACCGGCACUGGAUUCUGUGACGCCAGCUGUUCUAAUGAGGUGACGGUUGGAGACCAUCCUUGCGUGGUUGAAAAUAGCACCAACAGUGAGAUCACGUGCCAGCUGGAUCCUGAAGGAGUGAUGGAAGUUGGCAUUGCAGCAUUAGUAUCUGUGACAGUCCAGAACCUUGGCACUGCGAUCAAUACUUUAACCAAUGAAUUUGAUCGGCGCUUUGUGCUCCUUCCCAUCAUUGACAGCAUUAGCCCCGAAAUUGGAUCCACAACAGGAAUGACCAGAGUCAACAUCACUGGAUCAGGAUUUGCAGGCAAUAUCAUGCAUGUUGAGGUCCUUUUGGCUGGUGUACCUUGUUCAGUUGUUACUGUGAACUACACACAAAUCAUCUGUGAAUCUUCACCUUCAGUUCCUUUCAGUGGGAUCGUUAAACUUUCUGUUCAUGGUAUUUUGGCUGAAUGUAAUGGCUCUUGCAACUAUGUGUACACUGAUAGUGUCACACCACUUCUGCUAGAUAUCUAUCCAAGGGUCCUGAACACAAACAAUACAAAACUUACCAUAAGAGGAAAUGGAUUUGGGGACAAUGCUGAUAUGGUUUAUGUCUUUAUAGGUAACACUCAAUUUAUGCCCCAGGCUGUUUCAGAUACUAAUAUAACUUGUACAGUACGUCCUUUGCCUGCUGGCAAUUACUCAGUUAAAGUUCUAAUAAUGGAUAAGGGUUUAUCUUCAGAAGGUGGCAUCAUCACCAGCGCUGCGACAGCCUCCCUUACACCAACCUCUGGCGGCAUCAAUGGCGGCACCACUUUGUUCAUCGAAGGAAAUGGUUUUGUCCAGGGCUACACCACAGUGACCGUCCAUGGAUCCCUGUGUUCCAUUCUUUCAGUUACACCAAGUGAAGUCCAGUGUAUCACGCCAGCUUGUCCUCCAGGAAUAGCCAAUGUGAACAUUGUUGUUCAAACUGUAUCAUAUCCAUUCCUGACAUUUAUAUGCAACCAAACAGAAACGCCUAACAUAGUUGCAGUUACUCCAACAGGAGGUUUAAGUGGGACGAGAAUCACCAUUACUGGGUCUGGCUUUGGAUCAAUCGCUGCUAAUAUUUCAGUCACAAUAGAUGAUGUGCUGUGCUUCGUGACCUUCGCCAGUGACAGCAAUGUUGAAUGCAUUGUGGGAGAUCACCCAGGUGGUACUUUUCCAGUCAUCCUCAAGCACGCCACAAACGGUUAUACUGCAUCUGAUGUGUUCUUUCAAUAUGAGCUAAACAUAACAAGCGUCAACCCGAGAAAAGGUAGCUUUGGGGGCGGCUUAAUAUUAACUCUGAAUGGUGCUGGAUUUGACCGAGAGAAUUCCCGAGUAUCCAUUUGUGAUGAUGAAUGCAGAGUGAACUCAUCAACCUCCACCUCCAGUACUCUGCACUGCAUUUUACCACCCUCUAAAGGUCCUGAACCUCAGCAUACAUGUAAUGUUACCGUUAAGAAUGACAACCAUUUAGCCCAGUUGCCCACAGCCUUCACCUACAGUUCAGCCUUGACUCCUGUAAUUAUUGAUGUAUAUCCGAGACGAGGGGGCACUGCAGGAGGUACUACACUUACUAUCACAGGAGCCAUUUUCAGCUUAACCAUCAAUGAGACUGUUGUCACCAUCGCUGAGACUCCCUGUGAUGUCCAGUUUGUGAAUGAAACCUGUAUUAUUUGCAUCACCAACGCACACUCUCCAUCACAGCUGACCAGAGUGAAUGUGAAAAUAGGAGAAUAUGGCGUUGCCAGACAGGACAAUGCAGAUUUUUAUUACAUUGAUGUCUGGUCCUCUCCUUAUACAUGGGGAGGUUUGUCGCCACCAGAAGGUGGAUUCCUCGUCGUUAUCAGCAAAGGGCAAAUAAUUUUGCUGGAUCAAAGCACACCAGUAUUGAAAAUGCUUCUCAUUCAAGGUGGUAAACUCAUGUUUGAUGAAGCUGACAUUGAGCUCCAGGCAGAAAACAUUCUCAUCACAGAUGGCGGAGUUCUCCAGAUUGGAACUGAAAGUUCUCCAUUCAGACAUAAAGGAAUUAUUACCCUACAUGGCCACUCGCGCUCAAAGGAACUCCCUCUAUAUGGAGCCAAGACACUAGCUGUUCGAGAGGGAACUCUGGACCUCCACGGUCUCCCUAUUCCUGUAGUCUGGACCCAUUUAGCCCAAACUGCUAUUGCAGGCUCCACAACUGUAAUUUUACAAAAAUCUGUGACGUGGAAAGCAGGGGACGUGAUUGUCAUAGCAUCGACUGGACACAGACACAGCCAGAGUGAAAAUGAGAAGAAAACAAUAGCAUCUGUGUCGGCCGAUGGGAAGAGCCUCAAUCUCACUGAGCCACUGCAGUACAAUCACCUGGGGGUGUCUGUCCCACUUCCUGAUGGGACUAUGUUCGAGGGAAGAGCUGAAGUUGGCCUCUUAACCCGUAACGUAGUUGUCAGAGGGUCAAAUAAUGUGGAAUGGAAUGAUCACAUCGAAGCAUGUCCUGAUGGAUUUAACAUGGGCCAGUUUGCCGUCCAGACGUGCUUUCAGGGUCGGUUUGGUGAAGAAAUUGGAAGCGAUCAGUUUGGUGGCUGCAUCAUGUUUCACGCCCCACGACCUAGCUCUGGCCUUGCACAGGGAAGAAUUGAAUACGUUGAGAUGUAUUACGUUGGUCAAGCCUUUCGCCUGGGCCGUUACCCGAUACAUUGGCAUUUGCUGGGAAACAUGAAGUACCAGUCAUAUGUGCGUGGCUGUGGAAUACACCAGACGUUUAACAGAGCCGUCACCAUCCACAACACUCACAAGCUCCUGGUGGAGCACAACGUGAUCUAUGACAUUAUGGGAGGUGGGUUCUUCAUACAGGACGGCAUUGAACACCACAACAUCUUGCAGUACAACCUGGCUGUCUAUGUCCGCCAGAGCACCAGCCUCCUGAACGAUGAUAUCACUCCUGCUGCAUUCUGGAUCACCAACCCAAAUAACAUUAUUCGACACAACGCAGUCGCUGGGGGCACUCAUUUUGGCUUCUGGUACAGAAUGAAUGAUCAUCCCGAUGGACCUUCUCACACAACUUUUGUCUGUCAGAAGAAAGUGCCUCUUGGGGAGUUCCGUAAUAACACAGUGCACUCACAGGGCUGGUUUGGGCUCUGGAUUUUUGAAGAAUAUUUCCCAAUGAGCUGGAGACACUGUUAUUCCACCAUCCCAGAACCCGCGAGGUUUGAGUCCCUGACAACAUGGAACUGUGAGAAAGGAGCCGAGUGGGUGAAUGGAGGAGCUCUUCAGUUCCAUAACUUUGUGAUGGUGAAUAACGAAAAGGCUGGCAUUGAAAUGAAACGGGUUUUAUCCUCCUAUGUGAAGGGAUGGGGAGAGAGCAGCGGUGCAGUGAUUACGAACACAACAGUUAUAGGUCACAUGGAUGAACUGGGCCUCGACUCUGACUAUUGCACCACCAGAGGUAUCAUUUUGCCACUCGAUGACGGGCUGACAGUAUCUUCAGUAAAGUUUGUUAACUUUGAUCGGCCGAGCUGUGCUGGCAUUGGGGUGGCCUCCAUCACUGGCUUUUGCUCCAAUAAAUGUGGAGGCUGGAGUGCGAGAUUCAGCGACAUUCACUACCUCAACACCACAAACAAGGCUGCUUUCCGAUGGGAGCAUGAAGUGGUUCUGCAUGAUCUGGAUGGUUCCCUUACAGGUCACACCAAUUACAAGGUAGUCCCCAAGAGCUUCCUCUAUGAUCCUGCUCGAUGCCAUCCUUCAACAGAGUGGAGCACUGGCUACCCUGGCCUUCUUUGUGAUUCCACAAUUCGUUUUCAUCGUUUGGCUUUCAAUAAUCUUUCACCAAGUUCCCUGGUCGGAAAGAAUGUGAUUUUGGCAGGCUCUUAUGGCAUCAGCAUCAUUCCAUUCCUGUCGAAUCGUUUGACCCACAGUCCUGGCUGGAUGGCUCUUAUUCCUAACAACGGAACCCUCAAUUUUAAUUUUGAGGGCAUGGAUUACGUUACCAACAUCUCAUACAGGGCCACUUUCUAUGGAUUCAAGGAAGAAGACUACAUUAUAAUUUCCCAUAACUUCACUCAGCAUCCAGACAUGUUCCAAAUCACGAAUUCAUACAAUGGCUCACUUCAUCCACUUAGCUGGUCCAACAAUACGAAUGGUGACUGGUAUUUUGAAAAAGAAAAUACAACCUUAUACUAUCUGGUUUCAGGAAGAAAUACUCUGCAAUCGCGGUACGUCACUCAAAACUUGGACUCGACAAUGACUGAUGUCAAUGUGCAUCUUAAUGUUUAUCGCUGCUUUUUCAAACAUUGUAACCCGCCUCCCCCACCAACCAUGCCAUCGUACUCUACUAAUGUAUUAUUCUCAUAUCUGUUAUUUCUUAGCCUGUGGUCGAACUCUUCCUUCUGGAGACUCUCACCUGAAAACAAUUAUACAGUUCCUGCUGAAGGAGAUUCUGUAGUUAUCCCUCCAGGAACCUGGCUCGUGGUGGACACUGAUAUUCCUUCACUGAAUAAACUUACCAUCUAUGGCAUCUUAGAAUUGAAGGAUGACAUCCUAAGCAAUUCAACUCGGGCAAACUCAUCAUCCUACAUGAACAUUGUCCUGAAUGCAACUUACAUAUCAAUACAGGGAGGAAGGUUAAUCGCAGGGCAAGAGGGUAAGCCUUUCAGAGGAAAGAUACAAAUUGUCUUGAGAGGAGAUCAUUUAACACCAGACUGGCCUCUACCAAACGGACCAAAUCAAGGCUCAAAGGUAUUAGGUGUAUUUGGAGGGCUAGAUCUUCACGGCAUUGGGCAUUCAGUCUAUAAGACUAAACUGGCUCUAACUGCUCUGGCAGGAUCUACCAAUGUAACUUUGGCAGAAGCUGUUGAUUGGCAGGAUGGGGACCAGAUAGUAGUAACAACUACCAGCUAUGAUGCCCAGCAGACUGAAAUCAGAACAAUCAGCUCCAUCUCAUUUGAUGGAAUAACACUGCUAUUGGAUAGACCUCUUUCGUAUACUCACAUUUCAGAAAAGCAUGAAGUUGAAGGCACAGGACAGAGCUACAGACUGGCUGCAGAUGUGGGGCUUCUCAGCAGAAACAUCAAGAUCACUGGUCAUGAUUAUCCUGGCUGGGUAAAGGAAUCCUUUGGUGCCCGGGUACUGGUCAGCACCUUCACAAUUAAUAGGCUCAAGUAUAAAGGCUAUGCAAGAAUAAAUAACGUUGAAUUCUAUCACAGUGGACAAAAAGGUUAUGAAGAUUACUUUGACCCAAGAUAUUCAGUGGCUUUUCUCAAUCUUGGACAGAUUUCAGGAAAUGAUGCAUCUUAUAUUCGGGGAUGUGCUUUUCAUCAUGGAUUUGCUCCAGCAAUAGGAGUGUUUGGAACUGAUGGCCUUGAUGUUGAUGACAAUAUUAUACAUCACACUCUUGGUGACGGUAUCCGAUUAUGGGGCAACAGGAAUAGAGUUAGGAGGAACCUUGUGUGUCUUGCCAUGUGGUCCACAUCUUAUUUGAGCUGGAAUGCAGCGAUUGAGGUAAAUGAAGGACAUGAGGUUGUGCUGCAAGACAAUGUUGUGGCAGGGUUUCAGCGGGUUGCCUAUCGCAUUGAUGGUGAACCAUGUCCAGGUCAAAAGAAUCCAGUGGAGGUCUGGUCUAAUAAUGAAGCCCAUGGAGGAUUGUAUGGUGUGUACAUGAAUCAGGAUGGUCUCUACACAUGUUCCCUUAUCCAAGGAUUCACAAUCUGGAAAUGUUGGGAUUAUGGAAUAUAUUUCCAGACUAGCCAAUCUGUGCAGAUCUCCAGUGUGACCCUCGUUGACAAUGGGAUGGGUAUUUUCUCAAUGAUUUACAAACCAUCUGCUACCUCUCACCAGAUGUCUAACAAAACUGUUCUUAUCAAUAGUACCUUAGUGGUAGGAACUAGUCCUAAGUUCAACUGUUCUGAUGUACUGACUAGUGAUCCUAAUUUGAGUAUCACAAGGCUCGAUCGGAGCACCAGACCACCAUCAGGGGGAAGAAGUGGGAUAUGCUGGCCAACCUUCGCUUCAGCUCAGAACCAUGCUCCUGAACAUUCCCAUGCUGGUUUGAUGAGCUAUCCUGCUAUCAGUGGACUAAUGAUUGUUCAAAAUACCACAUUUGUUGGCUUCAAGGGUGUUUGUUCAGGAGAGGUGAAUGUCAUGUUUAUAACCAGCCCUUUGAAUGAAGAUCUGCAGCACCCCAUCUCAGUGGAGGGAAUCACUAUGGUAGAUAGCGAGGAGCCAGGAAAAGUAUAUAUACACAGGCCCAAUCUAAAGAAAGUGAACCCUUCAGAUUGUGUAGACAUGGACUGUGAUGCCAAGAAGAAGUCUCUGUUGAAAGACCUUGAUGGAUCCUUCCUCGGAGCCGUUGGAGCAGUGGUUCCUCAAUCAGAAUACGAGUGGAAUGGUGACAAGCGUCAUGGCCUCGGUGAUUAUCGAAUCCCUAAAGUGGUGCUGACUUACUUAAAUGGCAGUCGCAUUCCUGUCCCACAAAUCGCACCACAUCAAGGGAUAAUCCGUGACUCCAGCUGUACCUACAUGUCUGACUGGCAAAGUUACAAGUGCUUUGGGCUAAAUUACGAGAUGCUGGUUAUCGAGAGUCUCGACUCGGAUUCAGAAACCAGACGUCUGUCCCCAGUGGCUUUGCUUGCAGAUGGCUACAUUGACCUCAUUAAUGGUCCACAAGACCACGGCUGGUGCUCAGGUUAUACCUGUAGGAGAAGGAUCUCACUGUUCCAUGGAAUCGUAGCAACAAACAAGUCCUAUGAUAUAUACUUCACGAGCACUACCCCUCAGACACUUCAACUAAUGCUUCUCAACGUCAAUGACAGUAAAGCUGUACGAUUGGCAAUAUAUUACUUCACACCACAGCGUCUAGAUGUGUAUGUCAAUGAGCAAUUUGUAGCUCCUACGAAUGCAGCAUGGAAUGCCCAGCACACUGACUUCACGCUAAAGGCACCCAUCUACCCAGGACAAUAUCUUCCCCCAUUGGAUUCUACAGUUCCAGGAUCCAACUACUUUGACAGAACUUACCAGAUGCUUAAUGUUCUGGUGAGAGGCUCGACCCCUGUUAAAAUACGAACAACUCCUGUGCUUUUCAUCUCCUUUAAUUUACCUGCCAUGACGGUGGAUGAUUUCUACGAUUCUGCCUUAGCCAAUAAUCUCGCUCUUUUCCUAAACAUUCCCUCAAGUAAAAUCCGCAUCACUAAAAUUGUGCGUGAGGGAAGUCGGCGCAGGAAGCGUGCUCCGGGAAUUACGGUUGAAUUCCAAAUUGCAGAACCUCCUGUGCAGCAGCUCUCCGCAGACCAGAAUGUCACUGCUAACACCACAACCAAUCCAGACACAUUGAGUUUCUCAGGGCUGAAUGAAAUGGCGAGCAAUCUAAGUGAAGCCAUGCUGACAGGAAACAUCAGUGAAGCCCUGGGCUUUACCAUCUCUUCCAUGGGGAUCUCCACUCCCGUUCCACCUCCUGGAGAUCCAGAGUGGGAGAAGGUGGCCUCAAAGCCGGUGAAUAGGACGACAGCAAGCGAGAGCUAUGUGGCUGUAGUGGAAGCCCUGGUUGUUGUCGUACAGCCAGUCGGUGGCGAGCCAGGACAACUGCUGCUGCAACAGCCCAGUGUAAUGUCCGUGGAUUAUUAUGGUAACUGUGUGUCUGUGGGUGCGGCGUCCUGGACUUUACUGGCUGUCCUUAAGGAUGCUGAGAACAGGAAUGUUGCAGGACUCAAUGGAACAACUUGCAUCGUGUUUAGCGGCUGCUGGGCCAAUUACACAGACCUCGCUCUGGCUCAGAAUGGUACUGACUACAAACUUGAGUUUACUAUGAAGACAAUUCAGAUGCGAUCCCACUUCUUCUCUAUGGGUCAACAAAACAAUACUUCUGCCAUGCACCAACUCACGCCCUCAGGCUCGGCCUCUCUUACAGAUGAUCAAAGACAAGCUAUUAUUGCAGGAACGGUUGUGGGAGUCUGUGUCUUUGCUCUCAUUGUUGCUGUUUCUGUUAUCCUGACAAAGAGUAAAAUUUGCAAAGCAAAGAUUUCUAAUGGUUUUCACCAAUCACAACAACAACAGCAACAAGAUUACAUUUGUACAGCGCCUUUCACGUCGGGAGGAUGUCCCAAGGCACAAAGUCUUUAUGGAAAGGGAGAUGACAUUUCAGGCUGUGAUAAUCCAUCUUACACUUUACCAGGUGUUGUCAACUGAUUAAAGGUCAUGCUGUCUCUGCACUCGAUGUAACCACUGGAGAUUUCUGCAAUGAAUGAAAUGGGAAACCCUUCUAUUUUAGGACAAACAGAAUGAUUUCCACAUAUGUAUUUUCUGCUAUAGUUUGACUGCAAGCAUAUGGAAUGAAAAGAUAACUUGCUAAAGAUUUUCUAAGAUAUUUGUUUCUCUGAUAUAUUUG